AUGUGUGACGCUAGUGAUUAUGCAGUGGGUGCAGUCCUAGGGAAACGAGUUGACAAGCUUCCUCAUGUGAUUUACUAUGCUUCUAGAACUCUAAAUGAUGCACAGUUAAAUUACUCUACCACUGAGAAGGAACUAUUGGCGGUUAUCUUUGCUUUGGAGAAGUUUCGUUCUUAUUUGAUUGGGACGAAAGUAAUCAUAUAUACCGACCAUGCUGCUCUUAAAUAUUUGCUAGCAAAGAAGGAGGCAAAACCAAGACUUAUUCGGUGGAUUUUAUUGUUACAAGAGUUUGACUUGGAGAUAAAAGAUAAAAGCGGCUCGGAAAAUCUAGUGGCUGAUCACUUGAGUCGGUUGAUUCGGGAGGAGGAGUUCUUACCAUUGCAUGAGCGGUUUCCAGAUGAGCAACUCCUUGCCAUGCAAGAAGUUAUUCCUUGGUAUGCCGACAUUGUAAACUACCUUGCUUCAAAGGAGUUACCAAGUGAUCUCACACAAGCACAACGGAACAAGAUUAAGCAUGAUGCUCGCCACUAUAUAUGGGAUGAACCUUAUCUUUGGAAGCAUUGUACUGAUCAAAUCAUUCGUAGGUGUGUACCGGAAUCUGAAUUUCGUUCCAUCCUUGCUUUUUGUCAUGCUUAUGCUUGUGGUGGACACUUUGGACCUAAGAGGACAGCUCGUAAGAUAUUUGACAGCGGUUUCUAUUGGCCCACAAUUUUCAAAGAUGCUUAUGCUUAUUACUACGUGUCUAAAUGGGUGGAAGCAAUUGCAACUAGAACGGAUAAUUCAAAAACAGUAGUGGAUUUCAUUCGCUCCAACAUUUUUGUGCGUUUUGGUACACCUAAGGCUAUACUUAGUGAUCGAGCCAACGGGCAAGCGGAGGUUUCUAAUCGUGAAAUCAAAUUGAUCCUUGAGAAAACUGUAAAUUCAAACCGGAAAGAUUGGAGUACAAGGCUUGAUGAUGCCUUGUGGGCGUAUCGAACGGCAUAUAAAACACCUAUCGGUAUGUCACCUUAUCGGUUGGUGUAUGGUAAACCUUGCCAUCUACCGGUGGAGCUAGAGCAUAAGGCGUGGUGGGCUGUAAAGAAGUGUAACAUGGACACGGUUGCUGUAGGACAACAAAGAAUGCUUCAAUUGCAUGAGUUAGAAGAAAUACGCAAUGAAGCAUAUGAGAGCUCGAAAAUCUAUAAGGAGAAAACCAAAGCUUUUCAUGACAAACAUAUUCUUCGGAAGAGCUUUGUGGAAGGUCAGAAAGUUCUCAUGUAUCACUCUCGCCUUAAACUCUUUCCUGGGAAGUUGAAGUCUCGCUGGUUAGGUCCGUUCAUUGUUACCAAGGUUUUUCCUCAUGGAGCGGUCGAAGUUGUAAGCCCAAGCACGGGGAAGUCUUUCAAGGUGAAUGGCCAGAGACUGAAGCCUUAUUAUGAGUCAAUGGCCGAGGAGGAGCAAGUUCAUGUGAUGUACCUUGAAGACCCAGUUUAUGUUGAUGAAGAGUGA